AUGGCGCGCCACGGCGUCCUCUUCGCGCUGCUGCUCCUCGCCGUCGCGGUCGCUGGGGCCGAGCCGGAGCGCGCGCCCGAGGAGGCCGCCCAGCUGCAGGUGCUGCCGCGCCCGCUCGUCAUCGAGCUGCCGACCGAGGAGAGGUGUCGCGACGGUGCGGACGAGGAGGGCGCGGCGGAGCUGCGGUGCGCGAGCUGGAGGAUGGCGGGCGAGGCCAACAACCUGGCGCCGUGGACCGCGCUGCCCGAGGAGUGCGCGCCCCACGUGCGCCGCUACCUCACGGGCCCCGCGUACCGCUCCGACCUCGAGCUCGUCGCGCGGGAGGCCUCCGCCUUCGCCCGCGCCGCCGCCACCGCCACCGCGGCGCGGGCCGUGGCCCCCGACGCUGCCUGGGUGUUCGACGUCGACGAGACGCUGCUCUCCAACCUCCCCUACUACGCGCAGCACGGAUACGGGCUGGAGUUGUUCGACCACCUCGAGUUCGACAAGUGGGUGGAGCGGGGGGAGGCGCCGGCGAUCCCCUCCAGCCUAAGCCUCUACAACGAGGUGCGGGAGCUGGGGUUCAAGACCUUCCUGCUCACCGGCCGCAGCGAGGGCCACGAGGGCGUCACGGUGGACAAUCUCAGGAAGGAAGGCUUCCAUGAGUGGGACAAGCUCAUACUCAGGGCACCAGCUGACCGGAAGAAAACGGCGACGGACUACAAAUCAGAGAAGAGAAAGGAGAUGGAGGCAGAGGGGUACAAGAUCCUAGGCAAUUCCGGCGAUCAGUGGAGCGACCUCUUGGGCUACUCCAUGAGUGCCCGUUCCUUCAAGCUCCCCAACCCGAUGUAUUAUAUCCCCUGACCGAACACAAAUGCUGGGCGUGUGAGAAAUGCCGUGUUUAUUUGAUGCAUUUUCCAUGCUGGCCAGAUUGAACCCUGUACUGACUGCGAAACAAAACUGAACAUGAUACUGAGAUGAAAUUUAUACUGUACAGAAGCUUCACUAAAUUUCGUGUAGCAUACAUUGAACUUGCAAGCUGAAAUUAAAGGAUGAGAUGUGACUUUGAGGACACAUUCUAU